AUGCAAGUUGUUAGCUUCACUGGCGAGGUCUUUCGACUCGCCCGCAGCUUGCGGGAGAACGGCAGUCUAGAUCCCAGCCUCGUAUCGAAUACAGAAAGUUUGAAUCGACUUCUUUCUACCCUAAAUUCCGAGCUCGGUAGUCUAGACGGCAUCGCACUGCCUAGUGACACAAGUGCAGAGCAACAGGAAACCGACAAGGAGAGUCUUAAGGCGCAGACGCGAAAUCUGCUUCAAAAUGUGGAGAAGCUUCAACUGAUAUUCAAGAAGUCAUCGAAUAUAGUGGGGGACUCGACAGCUUCUAGGGGAGAAUCGAACGAAGGAAUAUCGGAAACAAAUUCUAGCAAAGUCCUGACCAUUAUUUCUAAGGGAAAAUCUAGUAUAAUUUCCAAAGGAAAAGCCAUCUCAGUAAUUCUGAAAUACAAGUUCCAUUACCAGUCCGAAAUCGCAAGCUUAGGGGAAAAUAUCGAUAAAGCUCACGCUAUCUUGAAUACUGGCCUCCUCAAAAGACUAUGUAACUCGGACGCAGCGGAGAAAGCUCGAUCAGACAUGGCUUUCGCCGGCCUUGACCGAAAGCUUCAACGAUUUAUUAAACUCUGGUCUGAGGGACACAGAGAUAUAUCAAUGCUCAUAUCUGCAGAGGCAGCAAACGCAAGAGUACAUGUUACAGCCGAGGUCUCAUUGCUGGGAAACCGCAUGGAUGAGGCAGAAAAAUCCAUCAAGGCAUAUGUGGAUGCUCUACAUGCUGCAGCUAUCUGUCAUAAUGCGUCAGUAUUGUCGGACGAUAGAGAGCUUAGAGGACGAGAGGAGUUGAUAGCCCGCAUUUUUUCUACCCUCUGGUUUGAUAGUAUGAAUAAGCGUGAAAACGAGAUCGGAUCGCCGGAUUACGAAGUGAAUUUAGUCACGGAAGCUGAGGGCGCACCCACCCGACUUUCCCAAUGGCUUGAAGCAGAAGAUCCUAUUUUCUGGAUAUCAGGCAAACCCGGAAGCGGAAAGUCUUCGUUGAUGAAGUUUCUAGUAUCGGAUACACGAACGAAGGACCAUCUCAACAAGUGGAAACCCUCUAAGCCCCAUAUCCUUGAAGCCCUCUUGAGUAGAAAACCAAAGCUAGCGGACAAGCGCUCAGGGAAUGAUUGGUCAAUAGGAGAACUUCGCGAUAUACUUUUGGAGUCUUUUCGCCUCGCAAACUCUCCAAUCUGUCUCUUCCUUGACGGCCUCGACGAGGUUGCAGUCAAAUCGGAUGACCGCGAUUCUAUAAUCAACCUGAUAGAACAACUAGGGCGUCUUGGGAACACAAAGAUUUGUGCCUCUAGCCGUCCAGAAAAUAUCUUCCAGGACAGGUUUGGCUCAUAUCCGUGUUUACAAACACAGGACUUGAACGGACCCGCCAUAGGACUAUACAUACAGAAGAGAUUGGCCAAAUAUAAACCCUCUUCACCUGCUGACCUCGGCCAUUACCAGAAGCUGAUUAGAGUUCUGGCAGAGAAGGCAUCCGGAGUAUUUCUUUGGGUUCGUUUGGCAACUAAUAGUGUCGUCGAUGGUAUAAGAAACCGAGACAAAUGGAGUACCCUCUAUGAACGGACCGAAAAACUGGAGCCUGACCUCGAUAAAUUCUUCAGCCAAAUGUGGGACAGGCAAAGUUCUAACGCUGCCUUCUACAAGGAAGAUAGAGAAAGAUUGUUAUGGUAUUCUCUACUUGUAACCGUAUCUGAGGUCUUGUCUACACUCCUAGGGUAUAUCCUCGGUACCCACGAGGACUUUCGUUCCAACUUACUGCAUUACACCGUCGGCGCAGAACGAAUUACUGAAGAAGCACGGAUAUUCGAGGAAUAUCGCAAGUGGCUUUCUGCAAGAGGUGCAGGUUUGCUCGAGAUAACCAAGGAACCUAUCCGCCCGAUCGGAUUAACGGAUUCUUCUUUACUCCAUUAUCAAGUUGGAUUCAUUCAUCGUUCUGUGCAGGAAUUCCUCCUCGGUACACAAGCGGGGCAUGAUAUUCUUCUGGCUACCCCUAAUUCCAGCAAACAGAGAUUAUUGCGAACCACCAGAGCUAUAAAAGAUAUCUGUUGUUACGUAGGCGAUGUGAGAUUCAUCUCGAGCUAUGCGGGAUUCAUCUUCGAUAUGGAUUGCGUGGGUCUUAUAACACCCCAAGAAGAGGCAGAGGAGUUUCUAGAUUUUCGAAGUCGAUUACAAUCACGAGCUCCGGGGGCGUUCCCGGAUUAUUACUUCUUGGACAAAGCCGUUGAGUGUUGUAAUGUCGAGUUCCUGCUUCAACUACGUGAGGUUGAAGAAUUUAUCUCUCGAAGACAAAUCUAUGCUUCUAUCCAAAGCAUGCGGGUACAGAUAUAA